AUGAAACCAUACGACACAACAGCAUCACAUUUCAUCAAACAACGGCAAGGUUUUUCGCAACUACAAAAUACGAUGGACGAUGAUUUCAUGGGAAAUCGUGAAUUUCACCAACCUGAUCUUCCUCCGUUUCCAUUAAAUGAUUCCAAGACUAUUUCUAUCACUAAGUUAUCUCCUCAAACAAGUAUUCAAACAUGGCCACCAGGUUUUCAAACUGGUAAUGAUGUUAUUACUCACACAUAUCAUGAAGAAGUCUAUAUACUUGAUGGUUCAAUAACUGAUCUUUCUCUUGGACAAACUUUCGGCAAAGGUCAUCAUGCAUGGAGAAAUCCUCAGAUGGAACAUGGACCCUAUCAAGCUAAUGACGAACUUGGAUGCCAAAUGAUCGUUAUUAUUAGACAUGAGAAGAAAUAA